AUGGGAUUCGGAAAGUUCCUCGCAGUGCUACUGAGUCUUUCAGUGGCAGGCAACAUUGCAGGAACAUUUUACUCAAUAUCACUGAACAUCCAGAUCUUUAUUCCUCCCCUGGUUGUAGUUCCUCGAUAUGUAUUCUCGCUAGUUGCUACAGCGAUGUUCUAUGACACGAUCACCAAUUUCCUUGGGCUGAUUGGGUACUGGGCCAGCGCGUUCAUCGCUAUUAUUAUUCUGGAGCAUCUUUUGAUCCGACACAACAACCCAGUAGAGUAUGACCUUGAUGAUUGGGACGCACCAAGAAGGUUGCUUUCGGGCAUCGCUGCUCUUGCUGCUAGGAUAGCUUCGUUCGGACUUGUUAUCCCUUGUAUGAGCCAGGUGUGGUUCACGGGUCCAAUCGCCAAAAUGACAGGGGAUAUCGGCUUUGAGGUUGCGUUUGGGGUCAGUGCAGUACUAUACCUUCCUUUUCGUCUGCUUGAGAUUAGAAUACUGGGGCAUGUGUAA